CACCCUCUCAGUUCAGUUGAAAGUCAUUUUGAUGAAUUGUUGUUUGUGUUGGUUUAUCAUCUAAUUGUAAUUAAUUUUGAUUGUUUUAUAUUUAUAAUGAUGAUACGAUCAAGUUUAUCUUGUUUUUUAUUCACCUUAGUAUUGGUCCAAUUGAGUAUUUCACAAACACCAACCAUUGAGGUUUGUUCGGGUAACAUACUUGGUGACAAGAAUCCAAAUGGGUGUCUUAUCAUUAUCAAAGAUUGUGUUUACCUUUACAUGGAGAAAAUUGAGAUUAAUUGGAAGAUAAAUAAUGUCGAAGGAUCUGAAACCAUCAUGCCUGUGGUAACACAACCUGAGGUUAAAGCUCAAUGUGGAGCUGAAUCAUCUAAAUCAAUUGGUUAUGCUUACCCAUCACAAUUUGGUCUCACAUUUUCCAAAGGUCUCACUAAUUCAACAUCAAUUACCUUUGAUACAAUUGUUGAUGUUAGCAAAGCAAACAAUUAUUGGGUCUUGGCAAAUUCAACGGUCAAUCUUAAAGUUGGAAAUGAUGCUGGUCGCGUGUUUGACCUGAGAACUAGCGAAAUCUAUGCGGCCAAUACUUUCUCUUUCCACUGUUCUCAGGCAAAGAUUAACUCAAUACGAUUAUCAAGUGACAAUUCUGGUGAUUAUGUUAUUGUUUCCGUCAAACGAUUACAAUUUCAACCUUUCAUCUCUCGAAAUCCAAACAUGUUCUUCACGGAUAAUUAUGAUUGCGCCAAAUGGUUCACCAUUUCAACCUGGAUGGGCUUCCUGGCCAUUUUAUUAUUCACCGUAAUUGUAGCAACCGGCGUGUACUUUUUAUCACAAAUCCGGACAAUGGAUCGAUUUGAAAAUCCAAAGGCCAAACCAAUCAGUGUGCCCACAACCGAAUAAUUGAAAUUAUUCUGAUGAAACUUUUUUUUUGUUAUCCCCUCAUGAGAAAAAGAUAAAUCAAAUUCCGUGUUUGUAAAAAGAUAAACCUAAUAUUACAAUUACGCUUGGUUCAUUCCAAUUCAAUCACAUAUCUAGUCCAGAAAACAGGAUUGAUUGUUUGUGGUUUUUUGAUCAUCAACCAACUUUACUUUUGCUUUUUAUUAAUAAGUGUAUCUAACCAAUAACAAUAUUUAUUUGGAUUGUAAUUCAAGAAGAAACAAUUUAAACGAUUUGAACGAAGAAGAAGAAGAAAAAAAAGUGUCAAAAAGAACAAAAAAAAACAAUGAUGAAUAAAAUCACACUUCACUCUUUUAA